UUUUGAUGUCAAAGGUUGAGCACAUUGCUCUCGGGCGGUACAGUUUGUUUCAAAGCAAUGAAUGAAAUUACAUCCGAAUAACAAAUCCAUCGGUCAAACUGCAUUGUUGUUGUCCACAAAACUGACUGACAGCGACAGAAUUAAAAGAGUCGAUCAGGGAUGGCCGGAAUUCUGUUUGAAGAUAUUUUUGAUGUGAAAGACAUUGAUCCAGAUGGCAAGAAGUUUGAUAGAGUGUCUCGACUACAUUGUGAAAGUGAGUCUUUCAAGAUGGACCUAAUCUUAGAUGUGAACAUUCAGAUCUACCCAGUUGAUCUUGGUGACAAGUUCAGACUGGUGAUUGCCAGCACAUUAUAUGAAGAUGGGACACCAGAUGAUGGAGAGUACAAUCCUCAGGAUGAUAGGCCAUCGAGGGCGGACCAAUUUGACUAUGUGAUGUAUGGAAAGGUCUACAAGAUUGAAGGAGAUGAGACCUCAACAGAAGCCGCCACGCGCCUCUCUGCCUAUGUGUCCUACGGAGGCCUCCUCAUGAGACUACAGGGUGACGCCAACAACCUUCACGGUUUUGAGGUGGACUCUAGGGUCUACUUACUCAUGAAAAAGCUUGCCUUCUAAACCUCAGCAAUCCUGUUACCCUCAAAACUAUGACAAACUGGUUUCCCAGAGACACUUCAGCCUAAUUUGGGACAUUUGCUCACCUUACAGAUAAAGUACAAGGAUUUUUUGGAAAACUUUUUUUUAUGGUUGAUUCACAAUGGUUCCUCUAAGGUGAUGGAAUGCAGACUAAAGUCUGAGAUUUGGCAAACUGUAAAUAAAGAUUUCUUUUAUACAAAACUAUAAGGACAAUGUC